AUGCCGAGAAGCUCUUUACAGGUGAAGGUUCUGGCGAGUUGCAGGCCUGUUAUAGUUGAAACUUGCGAUAUUGACUGCUUGAAUGGCGGAGUCUGUGUCUCGGAUUACGGAAUCGAGAACUGUCAGUGUAUGCCUGGUUUUGUUGGACAAACUUGCAAUAUAUCACAAAACCAAUGUGGUUUCGAGGAUCCACACAUCUGUUACUUUGUACAAGAUGAAUAUGAUGAUUUUGAUUGGAUAAGAACAUCUGGCUCAACACGCACAUCUGCUACUGGCCCUGCUUAUGACCACACCUACGGAACAUUACAAGGUUCCUACAUGUACAUCGAAACUUCAUAUCCGCAAUACAACUACCAAACCGCUCGUCUUUGGACACUGUCAUAUCCUGCAACAAAUGGCACAUGCGUCAAGUGGUUUUACCACAUGUACGGGGCUACAGUGAACACAUUGAAUGUGUACCUAGUCAAUAAGGAAGGUACCGUUGGUGCACCUGCGUGGACAAAUAGAAACAAUCAAGGAAACAUUUGGCGACUUGGAAAACUGUCAGUUGAAACAAAGAGUGCCUUCCAGAUAAUGUUUGAAGGAAUUGUAGGAAGUAGAACUACAGGAGAUAUUGCUUUAGACGACGUCAGGAUCAUCGAUGGGGCAUGUUUGAGAAACGCACAAAACCAAUGUGAUUUCGAGGAUCCACACAUCUGUUACUUUGUACAAGAUGAAUAUGAUGAUUUUGAUUGGAUAAGAACAUCUGGCUUAACACUCACAUCUGGUACUGGCCCUGCGUAUGACCACACCUACGGAACAUUACAAGGUUCCUACAUGUACAUCGAAACUUCAUAUCAGCGAUACAACCAAACCGCUCGUCUUUGGACAUUGUCAUAUCCCGCAACAAAUGGCACAUGCGUCAAGUGGUUUUACCACAUGUACGGGGCCACAGUGAACACAUUGAAUGUGUACAUAGUCAAUACAGAAGGUACCGUUGGUGCACCUGCGUGGACAAAUAGAAACAAUCAAGGAAACAUUUGGCGACUUGGAAAACUGUCAGUUGAAACAAAGACUUCCUUCCGGAUAGUGUUUGAAGGAAUUACAGGAAGUAGUUAUACAGGAGAUAUUGCUUUAGAUGACUUCAGGAUCAUCGAUGGGGCAUGUUUGAGAAACGAAACUUGCGAUAUUGACUGCUUGAAUGGCGGAGUCUGUGUCUCGGAUUACGGAAUCGAGAACUGUCAGUGUAUGCCUGGUUUUGUUGGACCAACGUGCAAUAUAUCACAAUACGAAUGUGAUUUCGAAGAUCCACACAUCUGUUACUUUGAACAAGAUAAACAUGAUGAUUUUGAUUGGAGAAGAAGAUCUGGAUCAACAUACUUAUUAAGAAGGCCUACUGGCCCUAUAUAUGACCACACCUACGGAACAUUACAAGGUUCCUAUAUGUGCAUCGAAACAUAUUCGGGGUACAACAACCAAACCUCUCGUCUUUGGACAUUGUCAUAUCCCGCAACAAAUGGCACAUGCGUCAAGUGGUUUUACCACAUGUACGGAGCCACAGUGAACACAUUGAAUGUGUACAUAGUCAAUACAGAAGGUACCCUUGGUGCACCUGCGUGGACAAAUAGAAACAAUCAAGGAAACAUUUGGCGACUUGGAAAACUGUCAGUUGAAACAAAGACUUCCUUCCGGAUAGUGUUUGAAGGAAUUACAGGAAGUAGUUAUACAGGAGAUAUUGCUUUAGAUGACUUCAGGAUCAUCGAUGGGGCAUGUUUGAGAAACGAAACUUGCGAUAUUGACUGCUUGAACGGCGGAGUCUGUGUGUCGGAUUACGGAAUCGAGAACUGUCAGUGUAUGCCUGGUUUUGUUGGACCAACGUGCAAUAUAUCACAAAACCAAUGUGAUUUCGAGGAUCCACACAUCUGUUACUUUGUACAAGAUGAAUAUGAUGAUUUUGAUUGGAUAAGAACAUCUGGCUCAACACUCACAUCUGGUACUGGCCCUGCUUAUGACCACACCUACGGAACAUUACAAGGUUCCUAUAUGUACAUCGACACAUAUCCGGGAUACAACAACAAAAAAGCUCUUCUUUGGACAUUGUCAUAUCCCGCAACAAAUGGCACAUGCGUCAAGUGGUUUUACCACAUGUACGGAGCCACAGUGAACACAUUGAAUGUGUACAUAGUCAAUACAGAAGGUACCAUUGGUGCACCUGCGUGGACAAAUAGAAACAAUCAAGGAAACAUUUGGCGACUUGGAAAACUGUCAGUUGAAACAAAGACUUCCUUCCAGAUAGUGUUUGAAGGAAUUGGAGGAAGUAGUUAUACAGGAGAUAUUGCUUUAGAUGACUUCAGGAUCAUCGAUGGGGCAUGUUUGAGAAACGAAACUUGCGAUAUUGACUGUUUGAAUGGCGGAGUCUGUGUCUCGGAUUUCGGAAUCGAGAACUGUCAGUGUAUGGCUGGUUUUUUUGGACCAACUUGCAAUAUAUCACAAAAGCAAUGUGAUUUCGAGGAUCCACACAUCUGUUACCUUGAACAAGAUGAAAAUGAUGAUUUUGAUUGGAUAAGAAGAUCUGGAUCAACAUCCUUACAUGGUACUGGCCCUGCGUAUGACCACACAUAUGGAACAUUACAUGGUUUUUACAUAUACAUAGAAUCUUCAGAUCAAAACCUCAAUGACAUUGCUCGCAUUUGGACAACUUUAUAUCCUGCAACGAAAGGCACAUGCGUCCAGUGGUACUACCAUAUGAACGGGGAAACAGUGAACACACUGAAUGUGUAUAUAGUCAAUACAACAAGUACUGUUGGCACAAUUGCGUGGACAAAUAGAAACAACCAAGAGAACUCUUGGCGACUUGGACAAAUCUCAGUUGAAACAAAGAGUGCCUUCCAAAUAAUGUUUGAAGGCAUUGUAGGAAGUAGUUAUACAGGAGAUAUUGCUUUAGAUGACAUCACGAUCACCGAUGGAAUAUGUUUCACAAAUGAUAAUGAGGCGCCAAUAAUCACAUUUUGUCCAUUAGAUGCAUAUCUUUUGGCAGACAAGACAAACAAUACUGCUGUUGCAGUCUGGAAUUCUCCUGCUGCAACAGAUAACUCAGAUGUGCCUCCAUAUAUUACAACAAAUAUUCAGCAAGGGGAUUUGUUAGCAAUUGGAAACCACCUUGUAUCAGUCACUGUUAAGGACAGUUCAGGAAACAUCAACAGCUCAUGUUCUUUCAACUUAACAGUCAUAGAUCACAUUUUGUUAAUAUCAGAACGGAAGCACCAACGGAAAUGAAUGAUUAUGUAACACCAAUAAAUGUACCAACCUAUUAUUCAGCUAUUAUCAAACAGUCUAACGGUAUGGACUUGCACAGGAGUGAUAAUACCCCUCCUGAUUAUGAUGAAAUUCCAAAUGGUGAUACAGGAUAUGAAGUACCUCUGGAAACCAGCGGUAUAGGCAGUGAUGUUGCACCACAAUCUAUGGAAACACAGUUGGGAAAUAAUCUAGCGUAUGAACAUGAUUAUGUGCCAA